ACAGGCCCUUCAACCCGCUGUGUCUGUACCGAAAUGGAUAAUACCAGGGGAUUUAACUUUAAGGUGAUUGGAGAAAAGUAUAAGGGUGUAUGUGGUGAACUACAUAUACCUGUCUGGACACGCCUCCCCGCUGACUGCUCCUGUGGCUCCUCCCACGGACCCCAGUAUAAAGGCGAUUGAGGCCUGAGCCCUGCCCUCAGUCUCCAGGAUGUAGCAUGGUGGUCAAUUGCUGCUUGUUCUUUCUUCCAGUCAAUAAAAGCCGAUAUUUCGCCUCACGUCUCAGAGAGUUAUUGAUUGUGCAUCAAUUUUAUUGACUGGAAGUUUUAAAACAUGGGAAGUAUUUUACAUCUGGAAAAAUUGGACUUGGACCCUCAAAACUCAGAAGCAGCUCCUGCCUUUGAACUCUGGCUUGCAUGCUUCCAAUCAUACUUGGAGGAGGUUCGUGCGACUGAGCCCGCUAUUAUGCACAGAAUCCUCCUUUUGAGGGUCACCCCAAAAGUUUACUCACUUAUCAGGGACCUGCUGACCUACCAAGAGGCACUGGAUGCCCUCAAAAUACAGUACCUGCGGCCAGUGAACACCGAAUACGCAAGACAUCGCUUAGCGACACGGCGACAGCGACCCGACGAGACGAGCACCGAGUUUCUCCGAGCCCUACAGACACUCGUGCGAACUUGUGACUGCAAAGCUCUAACUGCGGAACAACAUGCGGAGCUGCUAGUACAAGAUGCCUUUGUUACAGGAAUCAGCGACAAGACACAAUGGUUCUUUGAGCGGCCAUCUCUCAGCAAGUUCCUACUGCGCGGGGGCUGUGGGGCAGGGAUGGCUUUGUCCCCGAGGAAGGAGUGUCCAUCGCUGCCUGAGCUGCCGGAAUUCAGAGCCGAAGUGGCAGAUAAUCACAUGAAAAAUUCGCCCCCCGCUUCCACGGUGCAGCCACAAUACAGUGGCGUGCUGUCCGGUCUGAAUGAAAGUGGGGCUGUAUGUGUCCCAGCGCCUUACGUGGAGACCAGGAAUGAAUUCCCCGCACUGGCCUUCUACAGCCCGUCCAUCUUGGGCUACAGCAUGUCCGGUGAUGCCAGCGGAACGGAAAACACCUUCGCGAGGCAGACUCUGAGCCCCUCGAUGUACUGGUCCUCCUCUGGACAUGUGUCUCCACUCACUCUCCACUGCCAGCAACCCGUCAGGUACAUCGAUCCCCCUCGGAGCCCUUGGAGUGAACUACGAAUGGAACAACAACCACCCAACAGGGAGGGUUUGAAGAAGAAGUUAUUGGCUCCGGGCUCAGGCAUCGGGGUCUGCAACAGGCGGGAUGCCCACUUCUGUGCCGUCUGCAAUGACUUUGCCUCUGGAUAUCACUAUGGCGUCUGGUCCUGUGAGGGCUGCAAGGCUUUCUUCAAACGGAGCAUACAAGGACACAACGCCUACAUCUGCCCGGCUACCAACCAGUGCACGAUAGACAAGAACCGACGGAAAAGCUGCCAGGCCUGCAGACUCCGCAAGUGUUAUGAAGUUGGGAUGAUGAAAUCAGACACCCGGAGAGACCGCUGCAGUUACCGCCUGUCGCGGCAGCCCCGACUGGACAGCGGGCAGCAGGAUGGGGGCAGCAAAGUUCGCAGGGCGGUGGAGAGAGUGCAGCUCAGCGAGAGCUGCCUCGGACAGCUGGCCCCUGAGAAGCUGCUGAACUCCCUCCUGGAGGCUGAGCCUCCCAAUAUUUACUCGCUAAACCGACCCAACAAGCCCUUUACCGAGGCCUCAAUGAUGAUGUCACUGACCAACCUGGCUGACCGCGAGCUCGUGCACAUGAUCGCCUGGGCCAAGAAAGUCCCAGGCUUCGUGGAGCUGGACUUACAUGACCAGGUACAGCUGUUGGAGAGCUGCUGGUUGGAGGUUCUGAUGGUGGGGCUUAUGUGGCGUUCCAUCGACUAUCCUGGCAAGCUGCUCUUUGCUCCUGAUCUCAUCCUGGACAGGGACGAGGGACAGUGUGUGGAAGGCAUCCUGGAGAUCUUUGACAUGUUGCUGGCCGCCACGUCCAGGUUCCGCGAGCUGAAGCUGCAGCACAGCGAGUAUCUCUGCCUGAAGGCAAUGGUUCUACUCAACUCCAGCAUGUUUCCCCGUUCCGGAGUUUCAGAGGAGCAGAACAGGGAGAAGCUGCACAAGAUCCUGGACACCAUCACGGACACACUGAUCUGGUGCAUGACCCAGAGUGGGGUCCCACCCCAGCAGCAAGCCACCAGGCUGGCCCACCUCCUCAUGCUGCUCUCACAUGUCCGGCAUGCCAGUAACAAAGGCAUGGAGCACCUCUACAGCAUGAAGUGUAAGAACGUGGUUCCCUUCUACGACCUGUUGCUGGAGAUGUUGGAUGCUCACGUCAUCUACAGUUACCGCAAGCCCCCGGACGAGCAUGACGCUGGGCAGUCGAAGGGUGACAAUCUCUGAAUUCUGCAAAUUCCCUUCCCCUGUGACACAGUUUCCCUCCCAAACCCAGCUGUCCCAACAGGAAACCUCAUCCCAAACUCUAACACCAUUCCAUUCCUUGGCAGGAGGGGAGGGAGACACCAGCGGGGAGGGUACAGUUGAAUGGGGUGGGGGGAGUGUUAGGGAGCUGAUAGGUGAGCACUAUCCCACAUAACCCCGAAUCCCCUCGCCCCUGUCUUCACUGUCCCAACCCUACUGAACCUCCCCCUCACCCAAACAAUUCCCAAUGGUUGCCCCCAAUCCCCAAAACUCCUCUCCCCGGCCGAGACUAGGGUAAGUAACAGGAGAUUCCAUUCACCCCAUCACCCAAGUUACUGGCAUAGCACCUAGUGUAUGGGGUGGGGGGGGGUGAGCCCUAUUACUGCCUGCAGUGCAGCAAGUAGUGAGAGAAGGGACAAGGAAUGAGGGGAAUGGGGCAGAGGUUGAGGGACAAGGGUCAAGGAAUGAGAGGUCAAAUGCGGCAAGGGGACAAGGGGUUAGAGGUGAGGGGACAAGAGGUAAAGGAUGACACCCUGAAGCAGCCAUGACAACACACUUGACUGCUUGGGAACAGAGGCCUCUCCCGGGGCAGCUCAGGAAACUCCCUCGGAGAGCACGGACAAAAUUGGAAUUGGGGGUACAGGGAAAAACUUUGUUUUGCAUGCCACCCUUACAGAUCGUUUCUACACAGCAGUGCGUUGAGAAAGUACAAGGGAAAACAGGAACAGAAUGCAGGAUGAAGCGUUAUAGUUACAGAAAAAGUGCAGUGCAGGCAGAUAGUGGUAGGUUGUGAGGAUAAGAGUCCAUCUUAUCACAUUAGGGAACUGUUCAUCAGUGGGGCAAAAGCUUUCAGCACACGCUUUCAGUCUUUUCUACUGCCCAGUGAGAGGGGUGGAUGGAAUGGACCUCACAGGAUUUCUCUUCUGAGCCACCACUGAGUCACCCCAACCUCCCCAGUCCCAUGCCCUGCAUUUUCCCCAUCCCACCACUGGCAUCCACAAUCUCUCCCCCCAGUAGGCCUCACGUUCCCACUCGGCCCAAACUGCAUCAGUGUCACUCUCAUAGCUGCUGCCCUAUCACCCACAGUUCUGCCAAUACCACACACACACACACACACACACAGUCAGCGGCCACUUCAUUAGGUACACCUUUACACCUGCUCGUUAAUGCAAAUAUCUAAUCAGCCAAUCACAUGCCAGUGACUCAAUGCAUAAAAGCAUGCAGACAUGGUCAAGAGGUUCAAUUGUUAUUUUUUAUUCCAAACAUCAGUUUGGGGAAGAAAUGUGAUUGAAAUGACUUUGACCUUGAAAUGAUUGUUGAUGCCAGACAGGGUUGUUUGAGUAUCUCAGAAACUGCUGGUCUCCUGGGAUUUUCACACACAAUAGUCUCUAGAAUUUACAGGGAAUAGUGCAAAAAACAAAUAGACAUUGGUGAGCGGCAGUUCUGUGGGAAAAAAUGCCUUGCUAAUGAGAGAGGGAUCAGAGGAGAAUAGCCAGUUCAAACUCACAAGAAGACAGCGGUAACUGAAAUAAUGAUGUUUUACAACAGUGGUGUGCAGAAGAGCAUCUCUGAAUGCACAACACAUUGGACCUUAAGUGAAUGGGCUACAACAGCAGACCACAAUCACUCUUCACACCACUGUGUGUGUGUAUUACACACACACAAAAACAUGCGUGCACACACACACACACACACACACACACACACACCCACACUUAUACACCCCUUCUCCCACUCCCCACACACACUCACUUCCUCAGAGCCUCCAGCAAUGCAAAGCCUCUCCUGAAGGGGGCAGGAGGGAGUGGGGAGUAGGUGGUUGGGAUAUACAGGCAGCAGAACUGUGGAUUUCAGGGGUUUGCUUUAGAGGCAGGGUUGGGGACGGUCUCAAGGGAAUAUAGGAUAGGAGAGUUGGGUGCUGGUAGCUUUGUUCAGGACAGUGAGCCUUUCCCCUGGGUCUGACCCGUGACUCAGCUUUGACCCUUGACCCUGGAUCACCAAGGGGUGACCUCUGCUCCUUCUUUGCCACCGCCACUCCUAAGAAGGCUGGGUCCAGGGAAUCUGUGACCCCCCCUCCCCGCCAGCACCCCAGUCCAUCCACCACCUGGGAUAUGCAGCUGGAUGGGGGCAUGGGGCUAUGUUAUGGAGCUAGGGGUGGGGGAGGGUUGUUCCCCCACCUUCCUACCCUGGAGACCAACUGUUACAACAUAGUUUGUGUGUACCCCGCCCCGGGCACACACACCACCCCUACCCACCCCCUCCCUCUCUCUCACUAUCGGCCUCCUCCCACCGUACCCUUAGUGCCCAGGCAAGCAGAGGUUCUCAUCAGCCAGACCUUCUGGUCAGAGUACUGAGGGAGAGGUCCACUCUCCCGUUAGAGUUUUGUCUGCCCCUGCCAGGAUCAGCCUGGGCUGGUGGACCCCAUUCCUCAAGGGGGAGGGGGAGUUCAAGAUCUGGCCUUGACGGAGCCCAAACACCAUCUUCCAACUCUGCCCCCAUCCCCCAGCCGGAGCUCGGUACCAACCACCCUGCCCCACAAUUGUCUACUUCUGCCCCGCUAUGGACAAUACCACCCUGUGCUGCAACGCUGGCCAUCUCUCCCCCACCCCCAACUCUCGUCCAAGCAGAAUCUCUCAGCCAUUUGCCAGGGCGACCUGGCUGUUUCCUGCCCGCACACCAACAGCCCCACCACCCUGGCCUUGCAUCUGUUACCCCCACCGCCGGCCAGGGGCACGGCUGACCCCGUCCUUUAAUCAGACUGCUGUCCUCAUGAAUGUAUAUUUUCUCUGUUGCAGCCCACAACUCUGUGGCAAUGAAUGUUAAUGACCGGAUGGAUUUUACAACUGUGUAUUGUUGAUUGCAUAAAAUUAUUUAACUCUCUAUAUAAAUUGUCCUCUUGUUCUUGCCAGCUCCCAAAAUGCAUUACCUCACAUGCCUUCGGGUUAAAUUCCACUUGCCACACGAGCUAAAAUCGUUAGUGCAUGGUACAGCGUGGACCACCCCACCCUGGUAAAACCUUUCCUGUCACAGGAGCAGCCAUCCAACAUUACACACUGCUCCCCCCCACCACCCCGUGUUACUCAGCUAACAUUGGACUCAAUUCGCCAUUCUCCUUUGGAUUCCAUGACCAUUGGAGACCUUGUGUUGGUUUAUCAUUAUCACACAUACCCAGAUACAGUGAAAAACUUGCAUUGUAUAUUAUUUAUACAGAUUGGAUCACCACAGCCUCCACAGCUGGCCUCAGUGGUAUGACAGAGGUGGAAGUAUGUGCAAAACUCUCAUCCAAUUCACAGACCAAGAAGGGGAGAUGAGCUUCAUUUGUCACAUGUACGUCAAAGCGUACAGGAGAAUGAGGGAGGGGAAAUCUCAUUCAAAGGCCCAGAGUGGAUGUAAAGAGGAUGUUUCCUAUAGUGGGGGAACCGAGGACCAGAGGGCACAGCCUCACAAUAGAAAUAUGUCCCUUUAAGAACAGAGAUUGAGGAGGAAUUUCUUUAGCCAGAGGAUGGUGAAUCUGUGGAACUCAUUGCCACAGACGGCUGUGGAGGCCAAGUCAUUGCGUAUACUUAAUAGGUUAGAAAGGGUGUAAAGGUGGAAGGGAGAAGGCAGGAGAAUGGGGACUGAGAGGGAACAUAAAUCAGCCACGAUGGAAAGAUGGAACAGACUCGGAAGGGCCAUAUGGCCUAGUUCUAAUCCUAUGAUUUAUGGUCUAAAGAUUAAAGUUUUCCCUGGAAUGUGUGGCAACCCAUUCUCUAGGUUGUGUUGGUUAGAAACAGAAAACCUACAGCAUAAUACAAGCCCUUUGGCCCACAAAGCUGUAUCAAACAUUUCUUACCUUAGAAAUUACCUAGGCUUACCCAUAGCCCUCGAUUUUUCUAAGCUCCGUGUACCUAUCCAGGACUCUUAAAAGACGCGAUCGUAUCCACCUCCACCACUGCGGCCGGCAGCCUAUUCCACGCAUUCUCCUCUCCCUGCGUAAAAAAACUUACCCCUGAUAUCUCUGUACCUACUUCCAAGCACCUUAAAACCCUGCCCUCUCAUGCUAGCCAUUUCAGCCCUGGGAAAAAGCCUCUGACUAUCCACAGGAUCAAUGCCUCUCAUUAUCUUGUACACCUCUAUCAGGUCACCUCUCAUCCUCUGUCGCUCCAAGGAGAAAAGACCGAGUUCACUCAAACUAUUCUCAUAAGGCAUGCUCCCCAAUCCAGGCAACAUCCUUGUAAAACUCCUCUGCACCUUUUCUAUAGUUUGCACAUCCUUCCUGUAGUGAGGUGACCAGAACUGAGCACAGUACUUCAAGUGGGGUCUGACCAGGGUUCUAUAUAGCUGUAACAUUACCUCUCGGCUUUUACACUCAAUCCCAUGAUUGAUGAAGGCCGAUGCACUGUAUGCCUUCUUAACCACUUGAUGCUUUCCUAAAGCUCCAGCACAUCCUCUUUCUUAAUAUCUAUAUGCUCAAGCUUUUCAGUCUGCUGCAAGUCAUCACUACAAUCACCAAGAUCCUUUUCCAUAGUGAAUACUGAAGCAAAUUAUUCAUUAAGUACCUCUGCUAUCUCCUCUGGUUCCAUACACACUUUCGCACUAUCACACUUGAUUGGUCCUAUUCUCUCACGUCUUAUCCUCUUGCUCUUCACAUACUUGUAGAAUGCCUUGGGGUUUUCCUUAAUCCUGUCCGCCAAGGCCUUCUCAUGGCCCCUUCUGGCUCUCCUAAUUUCAUUCUUAAGCUCCUUCCUGCUAGCCUCAUAAUCUUCUAGAUCUCUAUCAUUACCUAGUUUUUUGAACCUUUCGCAAGCUCUUCUUCUUGACUAGAUUUACAACAGCCUUUGUACACCACAGUUCCUGCCUUUUCCUGUCUCAUUGGAACGUACCUAUUGCAGAACUCCAUGCAAAUAUCCCCUGAACAUUUGUCACAUUUCUUCUGUACAUUUCCCGAGAACAUCUAUUCCCAAUUUAUGCUUCCAAGUUCCCACCUGAUAGCCUCAUAUUUCCCCUUACUCCAAUUAAACAUUUUCUUAACUUGUCUGUUCCUAUCCUUCUCUAAUGCUAUAGUAAAGGUGAUAGAAUUGUGAUCACUAUCUCCAAAAUGCUCUCCCACUGACAGACCUGACACCUGACCAGGUUCAUUUCCCAAUACUAGAUCAUAUAUAGCCUCUCCUCUUGUAGGCUUAUCUACAUACUGUGUCAGGAAACCUUCCUGAACACACCUAACAAACUCCACCCAUCUAAACCCCUCUCUAGGGAGAUGCCAAUCAAUAUUUGGGAAAUUAAAAUCUCCCACCAUAACAACCCUGUUAUUAUUACACCUUUCCAGAAUCUGUCUCCCCAUCUUCUCCCCGAUGUCCCUGUUACUAUUGGGCGGCCUAUAAAAAACACCCAGUAGAGUUAUUGACCCCUUCCUAUUCCUAACCUCCACUUAUAGAGACUCCAUAGACAAUUCCUCCAUGACUUCCUCCUCUUCUGUAGCUGUGAAACUAUCUCUGAUCAAUAGUGUCAUGCCCCCACCUCUUUUGCCUCCCUCCCUGUCCUUUCUGAAACAUCUAAAGCCUGGCACUCAAAGUAACCAUUCCUGCCCCUAAGCCAUCCAAGUUUCUGUAAUGGCCACAACAUCAUAGCUCCAAGUAUUGAUCCACGCUCUAAGCUCAUCCGUUUUGUUCAUAAUACUCCUUGCAUUAAAAUAGACACAUCUCAAACCAUCGGUCUGAGCACGUCCCUUCUCUAUCAUCUGCAGAUCCUGCCUCUUCCUCCCCGUCUCCUCAGUUCGGUUUCCACCCCCCAGCAAUUCUAGUUUAAACUCUCCCCAAUAGCCUUUGCAAAUCUCCCCACCAGGAUAUUGGUCCCCCUCAGAUUCAAGUGCAACCCGUCCAUUUUGUACAGGUCAUGCCUGCCCCAAAAGAGGUCCCAAUGAUCCAGAAAUCUGAAUCCCUGCUCCCUGCUCCAAUCCCUCAGCCACGCAUUUACCCUCCACCUCACUCUAUUCCUAUACUCACUGUCACGUGGCACAGGCAGUAAUCCCAAGAUUACUACCUUUGCGGUUGUUCCAUUUCACUGUAUGUUUCAAUGUACGUGUGAGAAAUAAGUAUCUUAUCGAGCUGCUUGGGUGAGAAGGAAUCUUUAGCAAAACUUGAUGGUAAGUAGAUAGUCCCAAGGGUGCAGGACCAACGGAGGUUUCCCACCACUCUGUGUGUUCACACACCAGAGACAGGGUUGCAGGAUAUUUUGGAGAUAAAUGUUUCCAGUCUGAGUCCAGACCACCUCCUUCCUGUCUCACUAUGUGUCUGCUCUGACAUCUGGAAACCUGGAUCCCAUUAGACACAUCCCAAAUAAUUCAUGUCCCAGAUUCAAUUGUAGUUAAUGUAAUGAUAAAUUUGCUUAUUAAAAAUAUUUGCUUGGAGAGUGUUGGCAGGCAGUGUCUGCACUGCACGCCAGCAAAACCCAUCCAUCUCGAGACUCUGUCCCUCUCUGACACCAGAACUGGCAGCGGCAGAACUCCAUCGAAUAAGUCCACAUUGAUCAGCCUGGAGCUAGAGAUUAUGCCUCCCCAGGCCCUGUGGGAGCAGAGGCCCCACCGUUCUAGGGUGGUGGGGCGGGGGGGGGGGGGGUCAGUCUCUCACCAACUCCAUCCGCUGUUCGUUCAUCUACGACCAAAUUUGGUGCAAGUCGAGGAUUGGGAGAUUCAGUCAGCAGUUAUAGUUAAUUAUCAGAGAGACAUUACUGAGUGCUGAACAAGGACUUUUCACCACUGCCUGGCUGGGACACAGCCACUGGCUUCCAAGUAAAUGCAGAAAUUCAAUUCAGAUUUGUUUAUUUAUUUAUCAUAUCUACGUCGAAACAUACAGUGAACUGAGUUGUUUCUGUUAACAACCUGAGGGGGCAGCCUGCACCAGCCCUCAUGGAUUUGUAACCCCAGGACUCGCUGACGGCAGUGUGGAGGGGGGGGGGAGCUCAAGACCGGUCAUCCUCAGGGCCUGCUGACCACUGUCAUUCACAGGGAUCAUCAGCCCUUUGACCAUGGAGCACCCAAACCCUAACCCAACCCCUAACACCCUCUCCUCACCGUCCUAAAAAAAUCUCUACGAAUCUUUAAAGGAAAGCAACCAAGUCCGAGCCACGACCUCGAUGGACAUCGCAACGCAGCGGCAUCUUGACAUGAAAGGUUUGUCCCUCACAACCCAGGGUGCAGAUCGUCACUGGGGGAGGGGUGGUAUUCAAAAAGGAAUGGCCCUCUGCCCACGCCUCACACACUCAUACCUUCCACAGCCAAUGAGACUCUGUCUGCCAGAUUGUUGCGGCAUUUAGAUUUUAUUGCUUGUUAAUACAUACAGCCGCUGCCCCCCGCAACAACGGCGGACAUGAUGAGUUAUUACACGAUGGGCAGGUAAUCCUAGAUCCCUACGUUCCCAUCUUCACUCCCCGGAUUCCUGCUAAUAAAAACCUUAGAC